CGACGAGACCGUUUGAAAGAUCUGGAGAGAGCGUCACCACGUGAGAGUUUUAUUGAGGUUGAUGUGGAAACAGCCAGUGAGGCAUCUUCAGAGCAGGACUACAGCUACGAGUUCGCUCAGAUGGAAGUUAUCAUGAAGACUCUGGGAAACAAUGACCCGAUGCAGAAUGUGGUGCAAGUGCUGGAGAAACAGUAUCUGGAGGAGAAGAGGACUGCACUGGAAGAACAGAGGAUGAUGUAUGAACGAGAGCUAGAGUCACUACGGCAACAGCUGUCCCCCGAAAAAACACUGCAACACCACCGCAGCAGCAGCGAGCGCCUCAUGUUCCCAACGACUGCCCAGCACAGCAAGAUCCGCCUGUGGACUGAGGAGAGGGAUGAGCUCUUUCGUCAAAGUCUCUCUCGGCUUCAAGAGCAAGUUGUGAAAGCCAACGCUUUGGUGCGAGAAGCAAACUUUCUGGCAGAAGAGAUGAAGAAACUGACGGACUACCAAGUCACCCUUCAAAUUCCUGCUGCUAACCUUAGUGCUAAUCGUAAGCAUGGAGCCAUAGUAAGUGAACCAGCCAUUCAGGUGCGGAGGAAAGGGAAGGGAACCCAAGUGUGGACCAUUGAAAAGCUUGAGAAUAAACUGGUGGACAUGAGGGACCACUAUAGGGACUGGAAGGAUGGCACAGCAGAGAAGUGUGUAAAGCCAAACAGCAAACACUGUGAUCCAUUUUAUGAGGCCCAAGAGAAUCACAACUUGAUCGGAGUCGCCAACAUCUUCCUUGAGUGCCUUUUCCAUGACAUUAAACUGCAUUAUGCCGUACCUAUCAUCAGUCAGCAGGGAGAGGUAGCUGGUAGGCUGCACAUAGAAAUAAUGCGCGUCAGUGGAGCAUUACCAGAGCGCCUGUGUGGGGGAGAUGACUCUUCAGAAAACUCAAGUGAAAGUACUUGCUUUGAAGUCAUGGAUACUAAUGGGGAGAUUGUUCACAUGGCAAAGAGACUGACCUGUAGGAUAAGAAUUAGAGAGGCCACUGGUCUACCUUUCAACCUGUCGCACUUUGUAUUCUGUCAGUACACAUUUUGGGAACAAGGAGAGCCCACUGUGGCCCCUCCCAUGGUCAGUCCGGAAGACAACCAGCCCAGAGGCCCAGACGCUCAAUUCACUGUGCAGUUUGAUCACUCCAAGGACUUUGUUGUACAUGUGACCGAUGAGUUCCUGGAGUUCAUAUCUGAUGGCGCUUUGACCAUUGAGGUGUGGGGCCAUCGCUGCGCUGGGAAUGGACACUCACCCUGGGAGUUAGAAGGACUUGAGGCUAAAACCCAAACACUUAGAGACAGGUGGAGAGAAGUGUCUCGCAGAAUUGAGCUGUGGACAUCCAUUCAAGAGCUGAAUGAGCAGGGAGAGUACUCGUCUGUGGAGAUGCUCCCGGCUAAAGACGUGAGCACUGGAGGGGUCUUCCAACUCCGGCAGGGUCACUCCAGGCGAUUGCAGGUCUGUGUCAAGCCAGUGCAGAACUCGGGGACUCUGCCUCUGCUCGUGGAGGCUGUGCUCUCGGUCUCCAUCGGCUGUGUGUCAGCACGCUCCACCAGGCUGCAGAGACCUCUCGAUAGCUACCAGAGAGAGGCUGAAGACGAUAUGGAUAGUUAUCAGGAAGAAGAUCUUAACUGUGUUCGAGAGCGGUGGUCCGAGGCUCUGAUCAAGCGAAGGGAAUAUCUUGAUGAACAAAUCAAGAAAAUCAUGAACAAACAUGAAAAAUCAGAGGAGGAUGUUGAGCGAGAAGCGCGGUUGGUUGAGCAGUGGGUUGGUCUAACUGAAGAGAGAAAUGCUGUUCUGGUGCCUGCCCCCGGGAGUGGUAUCCCUGGAGCUCCUGCUGACUGGACCCCACCUGCUGGAAUGGAAGGGCAUAUUCCUGUUCUUUUCUUGGAUCUAAAUGCUGACAAUUUGACAAUAAAUGAACAGCUCUCUGGUCCACAUGCUGCUGGUGUCAACUCGAUUCUGCCUAAAGAGCAUGGAAGCCAGUUCUACUACCUCCCGAUCAUCAGGCACAGCGAUGAGGAGGUGUUGGCUGUGUGCUCUUGGGACUCCUCCAUCCAUGACUCCGUGCACCUGAACAGGGUUACCUCCCAAAACGAGCGCAUCUAUCUAAUCAUCAAAGCCACUGUGCAGCUCAGCCACCCUGCCUCUAUGGAGUUGGUCCUCCGCAAGAGGAUAGCUGUCAACAUUUAUAACAAACAGAGUUUUACUCAAAGCCUUAAGCGCAGAAUGUCUUUGAGGAAUGCACUUUCCAUCUGUGGUGUGACAUACGAGAUUGUCUCAAACAUACCAAAGGCUUCAGAGGAGCCGGAGGAGAGGGAGACACUGGCUCUUAUGGCAGCGCGUGGGGACAAUGAGGAGAGUCCAGAUGGUGAGACGUACAUAGAGAAAUACACCAGGGGCAUUCUGGAGGUGGAAAACAUUCUGAGCCUUGAGAGACUUCGACAGGCUGUAACUGUUAAGGAAGCUCUUGCCACCAAGGGGAGACAUUUACGAAGGAGUACCAGCACACCAAACACAUCAUGUAGCAAAUCGGACCUCACUAUUUGUGGUGAUGAUGAAGAUUGUAAGGGACACCCUGAUUGUGUAGACAGCUCUGACAUAACCCAGGAUGGCCUCUUUUGCACAACACCUGUGAAAGAGAAGGAUAACCAAGGACAAGUUCCAGAGAGCCCCAGUUUCUUUAUCUCCAGUCCAUUUAAAGCUCUUAACCCCCAGCCUAGUAAAUUCCUCAAGUCUUUGCUGCCCGUCAAAGAGGAAACCAAAGUAAAGAAAUCCCUGGAAUAUCGCCCUCUUUUAGGACAAGAGAGCAUGCGCUCAUGUGUGGACAGCACUGCACAGCUCCACUGCCCCAGGCCCCGGCCUCGGGCAGGCAGUGAGGGCCACUGCAAGUCUCCCACCUCCUCCAUCCCUCCCUCCAUCCCCAGCAGCACGCCGCAAACCACCUCUCAGGACUCUGAGGAGGAGGAGACAGAUAUUGACAUAAAGAAGUUGGACCAGGAAACUCAGGAUUGCUGCCAGAGUUACAUCCCAGAGGACUUUGCAAACUUUGAUAUUUAUAAUGCCACUCUUGAGAGUCAAGAAGGACCCAUGUCUGGUCAUUUAGACGUAAAAGAAAGUCGAUGUGAGGGUGGAAGUGGAGAGAGACAAAUAUCACGAAGUCCAACAACCAGCAGCUGCACAAGCGGCUACUUCUCUCACAGUGCCUCAAAUGCCACACUGUCCGAUGUGCCUUUGAGCAACGCACUGUCUGACAUGCCUUUAAGCGUCAGCUCUGACCACCUGCAUAGUGCCAGCGGCUGUGACACUCUGAGCUCCGCUGGACAAACUUGCAACCUCAGUAAAAGUGCUAUAAGUGAAACACAGCACCAGCCUCCUCCCAUUGAAACAACAUGUAAUAAUCCCCCAAAACACUCUGCCUCCUCACCCAUCAGUAUUCCUAACUGCACAGACAAAGAGCAAACAGUGCCUCCUAACUGUAUCCUCAGUGCCAGUCAGGAGUUCAGUGACUUUAAAGGUGCUGAUGACAGCCCUGGAGAAGGUUUAACACAAUUUACAGAGAUAUGGGAACCAGUGAAGAUGGUCAGUGUUAAUGUGAAAACCAGUGACAAUAUCGAUACAAAACCAUGUAAUGUCCCAGAGCACACAGAGACGUCCUGCUCAGACUUAAAUAUAUCAGGCACCACACCAGUCAGCAGUCCAGUAUCCUCCAUCAAAGGCCCCAUUCAGAGUCUAAUAAUGUCCUCUGCAACAGUCCCACCAACAAAGCUGCAGAAAUCCUGCAUAGCUCCACCCUGUGGUCCUCUUAGUGGAGGAGGGCAGCCUCCGGUCUGUGAGCCUGCACAGGGAGACCUGCCUCAUGGGAGUCCCUGCCCCAGCCCAAACCCCAGCAGUGCAGAGCCCUCAGGAGACUCCAGUGGCGAGGAGAGCUCCCCGGUCCAGCUGCCUGACUGGAUGGCCCCUGGGGAGCAGGUGUGGGUGGGAAAGAGGAGAGGAACAGUCCACUACGUCGGAGGGGUGGAAUUUGCCAAGGGGAUCUGGAUCGGCGUCAAGCUGGACUUGGCAGUUGGUAAGCACAAUGGGACUGUCCAGGGCAGAGUUUACUUUCGAUGUCCCCCAGGCCACGGUGUUUUUGUGAAACCCUCUCGUCUCAGCAGAGGACCCCCGUCCACAGAGUUGGAGCUAAACACUAUAAUCAGAUAGGACCAAAAGACAGAGACUGGGCUGGCUCUUAGGUCCAGUAACACCGACAUGAGUAAGCUUCCUCUCCUCUUUCACUCUUUUGAUGUUUGCUUUCUGAAGCUUACGUCGCUUGUGCUUUAUUGAAGUUAUAUUCAAGACUUUGUUCACAACAAAUACUAUGCACAUGCUUUAUAAGUUUUAUACCGCUAUAUUUUUAUAGCAAUUAUCAUCUUUCUCUUUGGGUGCUUAUGGACUAAGCAAUGUACUAAGUUCCUAGUAAUCUUGGAGCAUUAUAAAAAGUAUUUUUAUAUCAAACCUGGAGACAUUUUGGGAAAUGUAAAAGAAUGUACUACUGCUUUUAAACAUUGCUAUAUUCAUCAACAUGAGAUAUCAGGGGCAACCAAAGAACUAUGGUUCUAUCUGCUGUUGUUUUGGUAGUGUACUAACAUGGAAGUGUAUACUAAUCUGUGUAAAGCUUUGUGCCAUAUUGAUGGGGUAAUGCCACGUACCCUUGAAAAUGAUUAAUCUGUUCAGUGUUUGACUGCAGUUAAAUAAUCCUAUGGAAGUACUGUAUUAUACUGUGGGUGGCGUAGUCCCUGUCCUUUUGAUGCUUGCACUGGAAAGAGUCAGCAGAAAGCUCUGUAACUGUCUCAUAAUAAUGAGCUGAGUGGAAGACUAUAGGCCGCCUUAAGGACCUUAUGUUAUAAAUCACUUUAUUCUCAUUGGCUGACUAAUAAGCCUGGAUAAUAUACUGAUGCCUUAUAGCUGUGGCUUUGUAAAAACUGACAUUUCUGUUUUUGACUCCUCAGUUAACAAUGACUCAAUGAGUUCACUGAGCUUAUAACACUAAACUCUUAAGUCCUGUGGAUAUCCUAAAGUCCAAAGGUUUUUAUCUUUUGUCUAUCCAUCUAACUGAAUGACAGAAAUCAUGUGUAUGAUCAUGUCUUCAUUUUAUCUGUAAAGAAACUAUUAUGAAAUGUAAUGUUGAAGUGGUACGUAAAAAUGCAAUAUUGCCCUUUAUUAGUAGGGUUUGAUCAAGUAUUUUAGACAAAAGAAAAGAACAUAUUUUAUGGAAGUGAUGAACAGUUGGGAAAAAAGUCCUAUAUUCAAGUGUUUCAAGUAGGCUAAAUGUAAGUAACCUGAGACUUUAAUGAAGAAAGCUGCUCACCCUAAAAUGGGCUGUACAUUCAUGUAUUUGAAGAUAAUAUUUACUAUAUUGUACAGGAUUGUAUUUAUAUUGUAUCAAAAAUGAAUAGAAAAUUUCCAAUCUCU